AGCGCGCACCACCCGCAACUGCACACACAGUACUAAGCGCUGCAACGAAUGGAGGCGAACGGGUGGGAGAGACACCAGCAAGGAAUUGUUUCGCUGUCGAAAUAGCUUUCCCUCGGAUUUCAACCUGAGGACAUUUCAGUCGGGUGAAGAAAAACUGAGUUGUUGCUGUUUUUUUUUUUUUAAGAAAAGUCGAAUCGCUUUCCCUUUCCCCCUGAAGAGCUCGAUUGCCAGUCAUUUAAAAAAAGGGCGUGUGUACGGGGUGAAGGCAGCAUUAACCAAUUAAUGUGGGUAUAUAUGAUAUUUUAGACAUUCUUUGACACCAGCUGGGUCUAAAGGACACAGUCGAGGAUGGGAUGCACACUGAGUACCGAGGACAAGGCUGCGGUGGAGCGCAGUAAAAUGAUCGACAGAAAUCUGCGGGACGACGGGGAGAAGGCAGCCAGGGAGGUCAAGCUUCUGCUGCUCGGUGCUGGCGAAUCAGGGAAAAGCACAAUUGUCAAGCAGAUGAAGAUCAUCCAUGAGGCAGGCUACUCAGAAGAGGAAUGCAAGCAGUACAAGGCUGUGGUCUACAGCAACACUAUCCAGUCCAUAAUCGCCAUCAUCAGAGCCAUGGGGCGCCUCAAGAUCGACUUCGGUGACCCAGCAAGAGCUGAUGAUGCGCGGCAACUGUUUGUGCUGGCGGGCUCAGCAGAGGAAGGCUUCAUGACAGCUGAGCUGGCCGGUGUCAUCAAGCGACUCUGGAAGGACGGAGGUGUUCAAGCCUGCUUCAGCCGCUCCCGCGAAUAUCAGCUCAACGACUCGGCAGCAUACUACUUGAACGAUUUGGACAGGAUAUCCCAGGCCACCUACAUCCCAACUCAGCAGGAUGUCCUGAGGACCCGAGUGAAAACCACGGGCAUUGUUGAGACGCACUUCACAUUUAAGGACCUGCACUUCAAAAUGUUUGAUGUAGGAGGUCAGCGGUCUGAGAGGAAGAAGUGGAUCCACUGCUUUGAGGGUGUGACGGCCAUCAUCUUCUGCGUGGCUCUCAGUGAUUAUGACUUGGUGCUGGCUGAGGAUGAAGAGAUGAACCGAAUGCACGAGAGCAUGAAGCUGUUUGACAGCAUCUGCAACAACAAGUGGUUCACAGACACCUCCAUUAUCCUCUUCCUCAAUAAGAAGGACCUGUUUGAAGAGAAAAUCAAGAAGAGCCCUCUUACCAUCUGCUACCCAGAAUACGCUGGCUCCAACACGUACGAGGAAGCAGCUGCCUACAUCCAGUGUCAGUUUGAGGACCUGAACAAGAGGAAGGACACCAAGGAGAUUUACACCCACUUCACCUGCGCCACAGAUACCAAGAACGUGCAGUUUGUCUUUGACGCUGUUACUGACGUCAUUAUCAAGAACAACCUGAAAGACUGUGGACUCUUCUGAAGAUGACAACCUUUUUUUAUUAUUAUUAUUGGCAGUGGAGCCAGCUUAUUGUGCAUCUUUAGUGGGGAAGAUGAGAAGAAUGGGGGAAAAUCAGUCACGGACCAGUGCUGUACUAUAUGCCACUUUUAACAGCUUUAUUUAUGUUUUUCGUCUUGGAACCUUUGGAACUAGCGUUACAUUUGUGUAGGAUGUUUGUAUCAUUGUAAAGGCGUCACUGCAAAAUUCUUUUCAUCUUUUUUGUUUUUCCGUUUUUGAGAAAGAUCUUUUUUUCUCUUUUUUUUUUAUUUUUUUUUUUUUUGCUGUUCCUUCUGCCACUGUCUCUGGAAAAUGAAACUUCACUGUUGAUGGAAAUGCUUCUUUUCUCCCUUCCCCGCAACCAAAAGGGAAGAAAAGGGGUGCAACCUUUGAGUCCAGUUUGUUGGUACUUGUGCCUUCGCAUGCCUUUUACUGCGGUCGUAGUACAAAUGCUUGUUCUUUUGCCUGCUGAAUUGUUCUAGUCAUUAAGAGGUAAACUGUUUUCAUAUGUUAGUGUCUCUGCUAUCUUCUGUGUGCACACCACUGAGCUUUCAGGAGGAUUUACCUCUAGUUUAUAAGGUACAUGGGUCUCCAUUGUGACCAACAUGUAGCCUCCACGGUCCCCUAAUUCCCACCCACCCUGACAAUGGAAGGCCUCGUCAGCCAAUCACACAGUACAAUACUGCGAUCUAUAUUGUUACAUUUACCCCACAAAUAUGGGGUCCUGGUUUUUAAACUAUCUGUAAAAUAUCCAUUCUUCCCAACCAUUCAAAAAAUGGUUAGCUGAGGCACUGAGCUUAUAAUAUGCUUAAGUGUUUUAAGUACUAAGACCAGAGUAGGCACAUUUUACUGUAUAUUUUAAUGUAUUUUUUUUGGGGGGGGGCUAUGGAGAAUUUGGUGUUGAGAAGAGAAACUAAAUCUCAGAAUAGAUUAUGAAGGUGAGGAUGAGGUCUGAAAUGUUUUAAAAUUCAGGCGCUGUUCUUGGAUCCUGCCUAAUGAUGAUUUUUGAGAGUAGAGACACUGCUUGAGGAUCCUGGAAACUGUGAUGGUCAAGGAAGCCUGGUCUGUUAUCAUAGAUCAGCAAUACUUUGGCAAGAGAGUGAUGUAAAAUGUCAUCCUGGAUCUGUUCAUAUAAAGAAACUGCCACAACUGUCAGUGUAUGUGUAUGUUCUCCGUGGAAGGAGAAUCUUUGUAGACUCAUCUCCCUUAUUUUGCUAAUAAAAACCAUUUACAAACAA